AUGAAGUACAAGCAGAAUUCAGUGCAUCUGUCUCGCUACGAGCACGGGAUGGUUUCAGUCUGUGCAUCCAUUGUGGCGUAUACUCUUGCGCUUAGACUGCGCCCUAUUGUGCGGUACGGCGUGCUUAUCAAUGAGUUCGACCCGUGGUUCAACUACAGAUGCUCAGAGUACAUGUGGCGCAAUGGAAUAAUGAAGUAUUUUAAUUGGUUUGAUAGGAGCACAUGGAUACCAGAGGGGAGAGACAUUGCUGCUACAACAUAUCCUGUACUCUUCGUUGUUUCCAACUUAUUUCACUUUUUUUUGCACAGGUUCAUCAGAAUAAGCCACUACACAGUCUGCUGCACUACACCCAUUCUCCUAUACCUAGGAUGUUUGUUCAUAUUUUGGAAAAUAUGUGCAGCUACAUUUACAUCGCACAGUGCUGUGAAGAGAUCAGUGGCAGUUGCUCUGUUUAGUCUGUCUGGAGGCCUCUUUGAAAAGACCAUUGCAGGGGCAUAUGACUACGAGAGUCUCUCUCUGCUUCUUUCUUUGUCGAUUAUCUACACGUAUAUUCUAUACAUAAAGGAAAAGAGCGAAGGAGAAAAAGGAGGAGGAUGGAAAAAAUAUAAAAUAUUUGCAGCUAUUCUUCUGCUGCAGAGUAUAUUCAGGGCGUCCUGGGGCGGGAGCAUUUUUACUGAUGUUCUGCUGUAUGGACACUCAUUCUUUACUUUCAGCAGCUGGAGAAUGCUUUUUGUGAACACUUUAGUGAAUAUGUGUGUAGAGAGUAUCCUUCCUUUUCUGAAGGCAGGCAGAGCCAUGAAUCUCUUGAAGAUAGCGCACUGCUUCUCAAUGGAGGUAAUGUAUAGAAUAUUUACAGCUGACAAAACAGGGAAAAUUCGGUACUUAUUUAUUUUGUGUACGGGUGUUAUUUUAUCUCUCGGUGGAAUCUAUGGGAUAGAGAAGAACGGGAGAAUGAAUGAAGUUUUGAAACAUCUUGCGAAGAAGAGCAAACUCUACAACUUGUUUAUAAAGAAAGCAGCACAUCCGAUUGUUGCAUCCAUUACUGAGCACAGGCCGCCUGCACUCUCUCAGGCAAUUGCUCUGUGUGGUCCCAUGGUUUGUGCCAUUCCUGUUUUAAUAGUCUAUGGGAUGGAAAAGAUACGGAAGGAUUCUAAAAAUAGAAGUAUAGAUCUUUUUAUUCUCGAAAGCCUUGUGUUUUCGUCCUUUUUAUUCAUGCGCAUGGAAAGGUUUGCCUUCCUUCUAGCUCCAUUUUUAUCGAUAUUUGCGUCUGAUUUGUUCUGUAACACUCUCUACGCACUGAAUGCAUCGAAUGGAAGCAAAAGCUUGAAAAAAGAAGGUAUGAAAUAUUUCGUAAAGACAGCUGCAAAGGUAGCAGCUGCAGUAUCGAUGGCAGUGCAUGUCUAUUUUUCACUGUGCACUGUCUACAAUAAAUCAACACAGGUUAUAAUAGCAGUGCAGGGGAUAAGUAAUAACAGCAAAAUAAUAGUUGACGAUUUUAGAGAGAGUGCUGUGUAUAUGAAGCACAAUCUAGAAAAAAACUCAGUCAUUGUCAGCUGGUGGGACUAUGGAUACCAAAUAACAGGAAUGACAGGGCUAUCUACGGUAAUAGACAACAACACAAAUAAUUAUGAACGAAUAUCAGAAGUAGCCAAUCUGUUUGUUUCUCCAGAAGAGAAUGUGUCCAGAGACAAUCCGUUUUUGAAGAGAAUAGUUCCCGAUGAAAAGAGAGAUAUCUACAUAUACACCGUAUGUGGAUACACUUCAAAGUAUAAUUUAUCUGACUUGCAUAAGAUGCAGUGGAUAGCAAAGAUAGCUAAGGAGAAAAACAAAGAGAUUGAUCCAGAAAGCUUCUACUACAAGACAGAGAAGAAAACUUUUCACAAUUUCCAAGACGUAAUAGACAUGGACAUAAGAACACAAACUCUUGAUGGUGUGCCAGUCAGCAUUUCUUCACCACUUAGAGAAUCACUUUUGUUUAAGCUGUGUUUCUAUGGACAUAGCGACUCUAUAAAACUCUCUAAUCUGCAGCUAGUCCACGAGUCAUCAAAUAAAAUAGUAAGACUCUACAAAGUAAUAAAAUAA